AUGGAAGCUCCUCCCCAAGGUUACCGCAGGAAUGUCGGCAUUUGUCUCAUCAACGAUUCUAAGAAGAUUUUUGCUGCUUCAAGGUUAGAUAUACCCAAUGCUUGGCAAAUGCCGCAGGGUGGUAUUGAUGAGGCUGAAGAUCCAAGAACUGCAGCCAUGAGGGAAUUAAGAGAAGAGACAGGAGUUAAUUCAGCAGAAAUUCUUGCAGAGGUACCUUAUUGGUUAACCUAUGAUUUCCCACCAGAAGUUCGGGCAAAACUUCAGCAACAAUGGGGAUCAGACUGGAAAGGCCAAGCACAGAAGUGGUUUCUUCUUAAGUUCACUGGGAAGGAUGAAGAAAUCAAUCUUUUAGGUGAUGGAAGUGAAAAACCUGAGUUUGGGGAGUGGUCAUGGAUGUCAGCAGAACAAAUUAUUGAUCUUGCUGUGGAUUUCAAGAAGCCUGUCUACAAGGAAGUUCUUGCAGUUUUCGCACCCUAUCUUCAAUAA